AUGGCUAUCUCAUCAACUCGUGUUAUUGGAAUAAUUCUCUUAAUUGUUCUUUUUAGUGGCAUUAUGGUUUCUGCUGACGUGUUAGGGCGGCGCAUGCUCGGUGCAGGCGGCGUUGGUGGUGGUGGUGGUCCUGGAUUAGGUGGAUUUGGAUUUGGUUCUGGUGUAAGUGUCGGUGAGGCAAAUUUUGGGACUGGAUUUGGUGGUGGUGUGCUUGGUGGUCAAGGUCUUGGUGCUGGUGGUGCUCGUGUUAUUGGAGUAAUUCUUUUAAUUGUUCUUUUUAGUGGCAUUAUGGUUUCUGCUGACUUGUUAGGGCGGCGCAUGCUCGCGGCAGGCGGUGGAGGUGGCGGUGGUGGUGGUUUAUUUGGUGGUGGGUUGGGUAUUGGUGGAAGUAUUGGUGAGGCAACUGGUGGCGCUGGACUUGGUGGUGGUUUGAUUGGUGGUAAAGGUAUGGGCAUCGGUGGUGGUGAUUGA